CCUCGCCAGGCCCUGGCACUUCUAAUGGUCUCACCCGGAGGCGAGAGAGGAGGACAGAGGCCCUGCUGCUCCUGCUGCCUCCCUGGUCUCCAGAGAACAAAUCCUAGACCCACAGCAGGACCCACAGCAGGUCAGACACGGCACAAUGGCACUGAACACUCAGAUCCGGGCUGCCUGCCUCCUGAUUCUCCUCAUCUCUAGCCUGACCAGUGGCACCAUUCUCCAGCAACGGACAGAGCAGCGGGCAGACCUCCAGCCCCAGCACACAGCUGAAGCCACAGCCGGCUUGAAGCCCGUGUUCCAGAGGCUCAGGAAGCGAGACACCCACUUACCCAUCUGCAUUUUCUGCUGUAAAUGCUGUAACUUGAAAUCAAAUUGUGGGAUAUGCUGCAAGGUCUAAGAGACACCC